AUGGCUUAUCACGAAGCGCUUGCUAAAAAACAGGGACAUGUUUUUCUCAUGGGCUUUGGUCCUUUUAUGCGUCUCUUCGUCCAUGAUCCAGAUCUACUUGCCGAUGUUCUUGGUCGAUCACAUGCCCACGACUAUACUAAGGCGCCUCUGAGUGCAAUUGUCUUCAAGCCUAUAAUUGGUAUACAUAAUCUUCCUGUGAGUGAAGGAGACGAACAUGAACGAGCCCGGAAAAUGUUCAAUCCAGCAUUUCACUUUGUCAAUCUUCAAUCGAUGGUGUCUAUCAUGAUUGAUCAAACGAGAAAGAUGAUUGAUGAAUUUUUUAUUACAAGUAGCCAUCGAUCUGUUGAUUUGCAGACAGAAUUCAGUGCUCCUACACUAGCAAUCAUUGCCUCAUGUGCAUUUGGAAAAGGCUUUGAAAGCAUUGAUAAUGCCAAAAGCACUGUGUCUCAGGUCUUCACGAUGGUGCUCGAAGCAAUUGAGUAUCGGACAACACGGAUGAUCAACAUAAUUCCUGUCCUAGCAGCAAUGCCUUUCUGGCGUAAGCAAAUUGUCAACAAAGGUACUCGAGAAAUAGCUCAGUUUGUGGAGCAGAUUAUUGCCGAUCGACGGCAGGGUCGUUCAAAAAAUUUAUGCUCAGGAUCUGAUAUUCUCGAUUUACUUCUAUCAGCAGUGGAUGCACAUGGUCAACCGUUCUCAGAUGAGGAGAUCAAGGAUGAAGCUGUGACUUUUGUGUUGGCUGGCCAUGAAACAACCGGAAAUCUUCUUGUCUGGGCUAUGCACGUGUUGAUGACGAACGAGCAAGUUCUGCACGCUUGUCUUAACGAAGUCGAUCGUGUUCUUCCCGACGACAUUGAUCCUACCUAUGAACACAUUAGUAAUUUAACUGUAUGCGAAGCUGUCAUGCAAGAAAUCAUUCGUCUCUAUUCUCCGCCACCUCUUUUUGCACGAUAUUGUAUACGUGAACAUACUAUCGGUAGUGAAAGUCAUCGACCAUUGUUUAUCCCGGCAAACACAAUCAUUGCCGUAAACGCUUAUGUUCUCCAUCAACGAGCAGAAUUUUGGCCUCGAUCACUCGAAUUCGAUUACACGCGAUGGAUACGUGAUCCUGUCACAGGUCACAAAUCAAAAUUAGCUCAUCCUUUCUGCUAUUUACCAUUUGCUGCUGGACAGCGAACCUGUAUUGGACAGAAUUUUGCAUUGCUUGAAGCCAAAGUCAAAUUAGCAAUGUUACUGAAAAGAUGUCGUUUCGAAUUGGAACCAGGUCAAAUUGUGACACCCAAUGUUGGUAUUACCAUGAGACCUAAAUAUAGUCUGCGAGCACGAAUCAGCAAGCGAUAG